CAACAAGUUCCAAAAAUUGAUAUAAUGACACCAGAACUUGCUGCGGCUUUGGAUAGAGCUAACGUGACUAGUAGGAUGGCGACUUACAUUAUUGCUGCUUUAUUAUCUUGCUUGAACAUUGAUUGUGCAAGCGUAAACUUUAGUCAUGUGACUAUUCACCGAGCAAGGGAAAAAUUCCGGAAAGAAGCGGCGUUAAAUCUGAAGACUAAUCUGGAAACUGACAAUUAUGUACUACAUUUUGAUGGAAAACUGUUAUCAGAUAUUACAGGUACAGAACAAGUUGACCGGCUUCCGAUUAUUUUAUCAUCAUCAGGUAAAUUUCAACUGUUAGGAGUUCCUAAACUAGAAUCUGGGACUGGACAAAACCAAGCUUCAGCUAUUAUUAAAACAGUAAAACAAUGGGAUAUUAAUACUGACAACAUCAAAGCAUUGUGUUCUGAUACUACGGCGUCAAAUACGGGAAUCAGAAAUGGUGCGUGUGUAUUAGUAGAAAAGGCUCUUAGUAGAAAACUGUUGUACUUGCCAUGCCGACACCAUAUUUUUGAAAUUGUUCUUCGAAGUGCAUUUGAAGUAUACUGGCCUGCUUCGUCUGGCCCAAACGUUCCAAUUUAUCAGAGAUUUAAAAAGAAGUGGGAUGAAAUUGACCAAUCAAACUUUACGGCUGGUGUUUGUGACAAAAAAGUUUUGGAAGUAAUAACACCAAUCAAAGAUGAGAUUUUGAAAUUCGUUAAUAAUCAAAUAGAAAUGGAUCAUUGUCGAGACGAUUACCGUGAACUUCUGGAAUUAUCAUUAAUAUUUUUGGGUACUACUACCACAAAUAUUACAUUUAAGCAUCCUGGAGCGGUCCAUCAUGCAAGGUGGAUGGCUAAAGCAAUAUAUAGUUUAAAAAUUUUUUAUUCAGAAAUGAAUUUCAUCUUACUAAAUCGGAAAUAGAUGGAUUACGAGAACUUUGUUUAUUUAUCAUAAUAUUCUAUUUAAAAGCUUGGUUCACUGCGCCGUGUGCUAUAACAGCACCUAAUAAUGAUUUAACUUUGAUUAAAGAAUUAAUUUCAUAUGAAAGAUUUAAUAAUAGUCUUUCACAGACAUGCUCACAAA